AUGGCAGACAAGGCUAAGGGCAAGCCCGGGGCGCCGCCCCCUCCGGACAAACCCGAGGAGAAGGAUGCGAAGGCCAAAAAGGUAAAGUCACCGCAGCCCAAGGAUGAAGUGGGCACGAGGAAGAAGUGUCGCCGGUACCGGUGGGAAUUAAAGAAAAGCAACAGAGAAUUCUGGAUCAUGGGGCACGGCGAAGUCAAGUUCCUGGGUUUGGGCUGCCUAAUAGGGGCUCUGAUCCUGUUUUCUGGGUUGUCGGUGCACCCCCUCCUAAUACUCAUCGUCUCCAUGGAGUUAGCCAUCCUCAUCUUCUUCUUCGUCGUCUACACCUUCGCCAUCAACAGAUACAUGCCCUUCAUCCUGUGGCCCGUUUCCGACCUUCUCAAUGACUUGAUUGCCGUUUGUUUCCUUGUUGGGGCUGUGAUCUUUGCUUUGAAAAGUCACCCAGCCAUGCACAUGCACUACUUCGUAGCCUUGGCCUUUACUGGAUUGGCUGCACUAUUUUCUUUAAUCGAUGUAUGUCUUCAAAGAAAGCACUUCAAAGGCAAGAAGGUGAAAAAGAAUGUGCUGGUUCCUCCUCCAGGAAAAGAUCAAGUUAAGAGCAAGGAUGCCACUAAAGCACCAGAUGCUGAAGCAAACAAGGACAAGCCACCGGCGGACAAGCCACCGGCGGACAAGCCUCCGGCGGACAAGCCACCGGCAGACAAGCCAAAGACACCAGGGGACAAGGAAAAGAAAUGA